UGGACUUUUAUUAUGAAGCAAUUCAGGAGGACCUACGCACUUGGAACAACAGACUUUGGAGAAAAUCAGCUGACAAGCUGCCAACGAGGCUAUAUACUAUGGAAGCAGACGUGCAUCACCGCAAGAAGAGCAGAAAUGUCAAGGAAUCAUUUGCACAUAGGAGAAGAGGCAAGCAAGAGGCCCAGUCAAAUUCCCUUACGUCGCAUCAGCAAAAGGUCUUGCCGCCCAGCACACCAUUCGAAGUGAACUCAUCAGAUUUCCCAGAACUUGGGGAUGAUCCAUCCCAUUGUCCCACCAACACCCUGGUGCGCAGUCAUUCCUCACAAUCGCACACUGCUGUCAGGGGUUUUGCAGCAUCUAACAGCAAAACACAGUCACGUGAAGCCCCAGUCAGCCUUUUGGAUCUGAAAGGAUUGCAUUCAGCUAUGCAGGACAAAGAAACCGCAAUGCAAGCAGAAGCCAAUCAUUAUCCGAAAGUGACCUCUUGGGCAAAUGUUGCAUCCCAGCCACCAAAGAAAACUCCAGUCUGUAAUCCUACCAAGUCAAAUUCAUCAAUAAAGCAAACCACAGAUCAAAUAACAGAACAAACGGAUGGCACGUCGAAGAAGAAAAAAAGAAGAAAGAAGAAGAACCCUCAGUCAACCUCCGAAGAUGCAGACGUGGACAAACUGGAGACAUUCACGGUGAUAGAGCCUCCAAAGUUUGAAGACGAAGAGGAAUUUCCUGGACUUGUCCUCGCCCCUGUCUCUUUCCGCCAUGGGCUGGAGUUCAAAAAAACACUUCAGAGUGAUGUUGUAGAGUAUGGUAUCCCUGCACAGCAACCUGAGGUGAAUGCAAGGCUGUCUAUUCAGGGGAAGCAGAAGGGACAAGCACAGCAGAAACCCAGCAGUGGAAGGAAGAGUAAAGUUCCCGUACAGCUGGAUCUGGGGAACAUGCUUGCUGCGUUGGAGCUCAAGCAACAGUCCCAGAAAGGCAAAGCUGACCACAAGCCAGUCAAAUUAUCAGUGGGAGGUGCCCCACCGGUGACCCAGAGAGAAGCGCCCCAUCAGAAGAAGGCCGUGUGGGGGCCAGAGAAGAUCGCACACAACCCCCUGGACUCCACCAGUCCCUUGGUGAAGAAGGGGAAGCAGAGAGAGGUGCCCAAGGCUAAAAAGCCAACACCGUUAAAGAGGGUGAUUCUGAAGGAGAGAGAGGAACGAAAACAAAAGCGUUUGCUGGAGGAACACGGCUUAUCAGUCCCUCCUGAAGACCAAGAUGCAGCUCCCUCCACUGAAGACCAAGGCUCAUCUCUCUCAGCAGACGACCUGCCGGUUACGGGUGUGGACGCCGAAGAGAGUUCCAGUAACUUGGAACAAACGGAUUCUAUAGGAGGGAUCGAUAGUCUUGUCUCUGACUGCACUGAAGGUCAUUCCACUACAGCACUGGACACUACCACCAUUCCUAAUCACCCUAAAAUUCACAGCAGGAAAUUUAGAGACUACUGCAGCCAGGUGCUGAAUAAGGACCUGGAUGAGUGUGCCAGUGCACUGCUCAAGGAGCUGUGCCGCUUCCAGGACCGCCUGUACCAGAAGGACCCCCGCAAGGCCCGCAUGAAGCGCAGACUGGUCAUGGGCCUGCGUGAGGUCCUCAAGAACCUCAAGCUCCACAAGGUCAAAUGUGUCAUCAUCUCGCCCAACUGCGAACGCGUCCAGGCCAAAGGUGGUCUAGAUGAAGUCCUCUACACAAUCAUCAACAUGUGCAGGGAGCAGGAGAUUCCCUUCGUCUUCGCUCUCUCUCGGAAGGCUCUGGGCCGGAGUGUCAACAAAGCUGUUCCUGUCAGUCUUGUUGGCAUAUUCAACUACGAAGGAGCCCAGGAUCUCUACAGUAAAAUGAUUGCACUAUCAUGUGAGGCUAGGAAGGCCUAUGAAGACAUGGUUGCAGGCCUGCAGGAAUCUUCCCAAGACCAGCAGGAAAAUGACCAAGACCAGGAAGCAGAGACCAAUGCACUAGCUUGCAACGAGUCCUCACCCACUACCUUUUGUACUGAGGAGCCAGCAUAUAUCUCGGUGUGGAGGAAGAUGCUGGAGAAGGGGUACAGUGGGCAGCUGGAGGGCAUGAUGAGGAUCCCCACUGAUGAGGACCUGGACCCAGUGGCUGACAACACUGCCGCUUAGCAACGGAUUAACUGAGGAACUGUACAGAGGGCUAUACUACGGAGCUGGUUCAGGAGUAAACCAGGGGUCCGUUUCUCAAUUCUUGUCGUUGCUAACCGUCUUAAGACCGUCUUACCGUUCCCUUGGAUUUAGUGGUGAGCGUUGCUGUCGAGAGAGAGUUGAGUCGCUCUUACGAAGGACUUUGCUAACGACGAUAGCAAAGACGCUUUCGAGAAAUGGACCCCUGGUUAAGUUGAACGAUAAAUCAUUUAAUAGAUGAGGACUCUAUUAGGCUCUUCUUUUAGAUGAUUUACUGCUUAACUUAACCUGGUUUACUCCUGAACCAUCUUCUUGGUAUAGGCCCCAGGAGCUGGCUGUGAAAAACAUGACCUUGUGUGCCUGAAAAAUGUUUUGAAUAAUGCAGAUAAUGUGAUGUAUUUGCCAAAAUGCAGACUCUGGAAAAAAAUGUGAUCAAGGACCUAGAAUCAUGAAUGUGUGAUCAUAGGCAAAGGGUUUAAUUUUGUAACCUUUCUGUUUGCAUUGUAACUUGUGAAACGUGUAAUGAAGUACACUUGUAAUAAAUAGGAUCAUUGAUUUUGGAGAAAAUACCAUUAUGUACAUUUUGAAAAGACAUCCAAGUUUCUGACGUGAAGAAACACGGUCACAAGAUAAAGAUGGUGCAAAAAGGAUCAAAA